UUCAGUUGACACAGUUGUCUUCCGUCUCGUGUUCCUUGUAGGCUGCACAGAUAACAUAGGUUCUUUAGUCCUGACAAGUUCCCCCAUGACAGUGACAGACGGAGAACUGUUCACCCUGAUCUGCAGCAGUAACACAACUGGGGGACAAGACAGACUGUGGAACAUAGAUGAUACAUUAGUCUUCUCCACAACACAAGGUUCCUUCAGUCCUGGUUUAUCCAACCCUGACGUCUUCAACUUGUAUCUGUCAGGUCGGGUCAAUGUGAGCUGUGAUGCCACACAACACAAUGUGACUCUCAGGAUCAACUCAGCCCUAGACAAUGGAUCCAGGUGGCAGUGUGUGGGUAAUGUCGACAGUCAGACGAGCAAUACGAUGGUGAUAUAUGUGACUGUUCCCCAGUCAACACACUCUGCAUCAGUUUCUACAGUUUCUACAACAACCACAACAGCAUCAUCAUCGUCUGCAUUAACAGUUCCCCCAGGUGACACUAGUAUGUCCAUCAGUACUCCCCCUGUGACAACGACACAGCAAUGUCCAGCGUGUGUUACCUCCCCCAGUGGCGUCUACGUAGCAGCUGGAACUGUUGGCGGUGCUGUUUUCGGCAGCGUCGUCACUGUCGUUGUCGUCGCCCUGUGGACGCACAACAAGAACAAGACCAAAGAUGCCCAAGCUACAAACGUAUAUGCCUCUACAUCAGCGUACGAGGACGUCGAUCACCAAUACGCCAUGGCUCCGACGCAGUACGUGAACACCGUGGAGGGUGCAGAGACACCACACUACGUGAAUACAGACAGGAAUACAGGAGACGCAGCCUACUACAACACUACACAGUGAACACCGUGGAGGUUCUGAGACACCACAUUACGUCAACACAGACAGGAGACACGGACGACUACAACACUACACAGUGAUCACCGUGGAGGUUCAGAGACACCACACUACGUGAAUACAGACAGGGAGACAGGGA